AGGGGAAGAGUGAGAGAGUAAGCGUAGGGUGUAAGAAAGAUAUGACAGACAAGAAAAGGGAGGGUGAGUGAGCGGUGUUUAGGCAGCAGGAGUCGUCGCUGCAUAGGUUGACAAAAAGAUAGAGCGAUUAUGAGAGAUCUGAAGCAGCUAGGAAGCCAUGUAGAGAAAGGGGUAAGUUUAUGAGGAGUACACGAGGAGGAAGAAAUUAAGUAUACAGACAAAGUGAGUACGAUUCAAUUAACAACAAAACAAAGAGUAAAGCAACGCAUACUUCACCAGCCCUUUCAGUAGAAGGCUUAGCGUAGCAAACCCGUGGGAGGUACAGAAACAUAGACAACAUCUUGACUUUUACCAUCGGAGUCAGUCGGAAACUAAUUCCCGUGUCUUGUCUGUGAUGUGAGAACCCUACUCUUAAAAAGUAUAAAUUUGUAUUUCUACCUUAGUAACGUUGCUAUGAGUACUAAUGUUGCUCGAUGGGAUCUCCACAACAGCAGAAACGUGUGGUCAAGAACAGAAUGACGGAUAAUAAUUUAAUUGAAGUGAAAAGCAAGUUUGAUGCGGAAUUUCGCCGAUUUGCCAUUGAUAAAGAUGGCAACUACCAGUUCGAGGAGUUCCAUGAACUGGUGGAAAACCUUCAUCAGCUUCAUCGCAUUCCAUUUGUGAUUACCUAUACAGACCCAGCCCAUGGUGAUCUGCUUCCUAUUAAUAAUAAAGACAAUUAUUUAAAGGCUGUCUCUACAGCUCGACCAUUGCUACGGCUACAAGUGCAGCGGAAAGGUGAGAGUUAUGGUGAAGUGAAUGGUUAUGGCUCAGGACCAAUGAAAAGGAAAAAUCCAAUUUCAAAGUUGAUAGGAACUGGAGAGGCAUCACCAAAGCCACGUCUUAGGAUUGGUAUGCCUGAGGAAUUCCGCCGUGUCUCUGCUAUUAUUGAUGUUGAUAUUGUGCCAGAGACACACAGACGUGUGAAACUCAUGAAAAAUGGUUCUGAUAAACCAUUGGGAUUUUACAUACGAGAUGGUACUAGCUUUCGUGUGACUUCCUCUGGGGUGGAAAAAGUACCUGGAAUUUUCAUUUCUCGUCUAGUUCCAGGAGGCCUUGCUGAAAGCACUGGCCUUCUGGCUGUGAAUGAUGAGGUUUUGGAAGUGAAUGGUAUCGAGGUGAUGGGCAAGACUCUUGACCAGGUCACGGACAUGAUGGUUGCAAACAGCGCUAAUCUGAUUAUCACUGUUAAGCCUGUAAAUCAGCGAAUGACUUUGGCUCCACAACGAGGUGGCUAUGGCCGCCAUUCCCAGCUGUCGAAUAAGUCACAGCAGUCUCAACAAUCGGGGAAGUCCUAUGACAGCGAUGACGAAGAUGAUGUACAGGAGCUCCUUAGUGCUGAAUAUGACAAACCACUUGAAGAUCGCAAUAAAAGUAAAAGAAAAUAUCAACCUCUCAGGAGAUAUAGUCUGGCAUACUGGUUAGGGUUUUGAUGUCUACUGCCUGUGUGGAAGUUGGUUGAAUAUUGUGGCAGCAUAGUAUUUCUUGAUGUGGGGCAACAUUUGCUGUAUAAACUGAAACAUUCUUCAAGAUUAUAGAGCCACAUUUCUCUAUGUAGGACUUUUAAUUUCCUUGCUAAUGAAUUAAAUAUUAUAGUUUCAAA